AUGUCUGCGCGGUUCCAACCCUCGCAGAAGUGGUCUGGGAAUUUUGGAGUCAACUGGGAAUGCGCAAAUUUUCUGACGCUUAGAUCCGAGAGCACUAGCCGCGAGUGCCUCAUUCUUGGUGCGAAGGGAGACGUGGAACGGGAACACAUCCGGAAUCUCAAACACCACUCACACGUUCCUCCAAGGACUGUUCGUUCUCUGCUGUGGAUGUUUGGUGAUCUGCGAGCAGGGAGAGAUACCACUCCUGUUGACUUCGCUCAUGGCGGAUAUUUGGACUGCGGGUCGUUUUCUCUGUCUGAGAUAGCAUCUGUCGAGAAGGUUCCAGACAAAGACGGUUCAGUCAUUAUACGCACUCUCGGUAUUCGGCCGGUUGAAGAGAUUACGCAACUCUGCAGGCACUGUGAUAAUGUUUGUGAACGCUAUCGUAUUUCACUCCCAUCUUCGACAGCUCAAGCAGCACAGGCACUUUGCUCCGCAUUGUUCACUGCCUGGGAGCUCGAGGCAACCAUUACAAUCGCCCCAAGCCGCUGCGUUGAGGUAGGCUUCUCUAUCAGCCACAAUGGCGACCCGUCCAUAAGCACCACCAUCACCUUUUUGCUUUAG